UUGACUUUGUCCCUUUUUGAGUUAAUGUGUAAUGAGAUAGGGGAAGAAAACAUGAGAGCCCAGAAUGACCCAGGUGCUGAUCAAUGAGCAUACCCUACCCCCAAUAAAACAAAUUCAGGAAACACUUCUGCCCUCUCCCUCCCAACUGGAGGACUCUGGCAGGAAAAGAGGUGAAAAAGAGGCUUCUGCCAGGAUAAAGGUUGAAGGUGACUGGUCAUUUGAUCACAUUAUCGGUUCUAGGCAGUAGUUAGCCAAUAUUGAGUUAGGAGGGGCUAUAGCACUAUAGCAUCCCUCUGGCCAAGGCCCUGGCCCUUGUCCCAGCCCUGAUUGCGAGGGGGAAAGAAGUACAUUCCCCAGGCCCAAAGCAUUUGGGUGAAAGCAGCCAAAUAGAUAUCAGAAGCAUUUGUAUCUUUCACCCUUUUGACCUCAGAGCUUACUUUUUGUGUACAUGGAACAUUCUGAAAGGUGUGAGUGAAGGAAUAGAGCUAAUGAGGGAGGUAGUGACCAGAGACCAAGAAUGUUACUCCAUCUUCAAUUAUUCCCCUGUGAGCUCUUAGUGCUUGACGGUCACCCCCUUGGCUUACCCCUGGGCCUGGGAUGGAGCCCAUUUGGGGGCUGGAGUCCAUAUGGCCAACUCUGCCUAGGUACGCAGGGAAGAAAGAGUUAACUACAGAGGGCAGCUGUUUCAGGGAAUAGUUCUGCUAGAACCUACCCCACUGCCCCAAACUCUGCCGCCCAUCCCCAUUCCACCAAGAGGGCAAGAGGGGGAACGUUGAGAAAGGUAGACCGCCAGAGGGAAGUGUGGGUCUCUGUCCUAAGAAGAGCGGUGCUUAUGAGUAGCCCACCUGUGGAGGGCUGUGAGCAGGAUUCCCCACGAGUUCUACGGGAAGGAGGGAGCGACAUAAAUGAACCAAGGUUUGAAAGAAGUAUUCAGAGUCGUUCCCUCUGUCACCCUUCACAAAAGCCAAGUCUUCAGGCUGCGGUUUCACUUUUCUCAGGGGUGUGGAAAGAGCUUCAAGGGCCCAAGCUACAAGAUACUCCCUCUAGUGUCUUGCAAGCUCACAGGUUUUUCCCGACCUUGGAGAGGAUUCGCUUGGCGAUCUAAGGCCUUCUACUUAAGUCUAAGGAGCCGCCAACUAAGAUCCGCCCAGCUCUGCAGCGCCGGGGCCGAAGCUCUCUGGCCGUCAGGCCUGCCACUCCUUUGCUUCCACCUCUCCCAUUGGCCCCUGGGAGAUCGAGGAGGCUUUUUUUCAUGGAUUGGGCGGGGCCUAAUUAGGGGAGGGUUGGGUCUUUGAUGUCUUUCUUUGCCCUAUUCCAAGAUGGCGCUCAUGACCACGCUGGUAAUACAGCGUGAAGCCGUAAUUCUGCCAUCACCCAAGAUGGCUGCCCCCAUCAAGAUGACCGGGGUGUGCCGGAGGGAAAGGGGCAGCAUGAUGGUCUGACAUGGUCUAGCGUCGGACCAUGUGGAAGUUUCUAGGACUGGGGAGCUGGAUGAUGGGGGGUGGGGCCCGUGGAGGGUAGAGGGAGCAAUAGUUCUUUCCCAGGCUAACCUCUGCCCCUGCCGGUCCUCUGGACUAAAAUGGGGAAUACACUGGGCCUGGCACCGAUGGGGACUUUGCUCCGCCGGAGCCCCCGCCGAGAGGAACCUUUGCCCAACCCUGGGAGCUUCGAUGAGCUGCAUCGGCUAUGCAAAGAUGUAUUCCCUGCACAGAUGGAGGGAGUGAAGCUCGUUGUCAACAAGGUUCUGAGCAGCCAUUUCCAGGUUGCUCACACGGUACACAUGAGUGCCCUGGGCUUGCCAGGCUAUCACCUCCAUGCGGCCUAUGCAGGGGACUGGCAGCUUAGCCCCACUGAGGUGUUCCCCACUGUGGUAGGGGAUAUGGACAGCAGUGGCAGCCUCAACGCCCAGGUCCUGCUUCUCUUGGCAGAGCGGCUCCGAGCUAAGGCUGUCUUCCAGACGCAGCAGGCCAAGUUCCUGACAUGGCAGUUUGAUGGAGAGUAUCGAGGAGAUGACUACACAGCCACUCUGACCCUAGGAAAUCCUGACCUGAUUGGGGAAUCAGUGAUCAUGGUCGCUCACUUCCUACAGAGUCUCACUCAUCGGCUGGUGCUGGGAGGAGAGCUAGUUUAUCACCGGCGGCCAGGCGAAGAGGGGGCCAUCUUGACACUGGCUGGGAAGUACUCGGCUGUACACUGGGUAGCUACAUUGAAUGUGGGAUCAGGCGGGGCCCAUGCAAGUUAUUACCACAGGGCAAAUGAACAGGUUCAGGUUGGAGUGGAGUUUGAGGCAAACACAAGGCUACAGGACACAACCUUCUCCUUUGGUUACCACCUGACUCUGCCCCAGGCCAACAUGGUGUUUAGAGGCUUGGUGGAUAGUAACUGGUGUGUAGGUGCUGUGCUGGAGAAGAAGAUGCCCCCCCUGCCUGUCACUCUAGCCCUUGGAGCCUUCCUCAAUCACUGGCGCAACAGAUUCCACUGUGGCUUCAGCAUCACUGUGGGCUGAGGUCCCCACAGCAGCUGGAACCUCUGAGUCGGGUGCCCAAGGGCCAGAGACCAGGCCCCUCUCCAGAGCCCACCUUGCUGGGUUACCUCUAGGUCCUAGGAACAGAGUGGGGGACAGGACCAUGCCCUCCUCAGAACUGGAGCUGCCACAGGGGCAGCUGAUGAGGCAGUGGCUUGAGGCUCCAACCACUACCACAAGCCCCACUAUCAUCUUCCCCAUGCUCUUGUGGCUCUGGACUAAGGGAAGAGGAUUAAGGGGUAUGUCUGGCUGACUUUCUCCCCUGACCCACUUCUUUCUUCAUUUCCCUUUGGUUAAUCCUGCAUGGGAUUAGCUUACUACCCUGUUUUCCAUCCCAGAGCCUCCCAAGGCUGGAAAAGUAGGGCUGAAGGGCCAAAUCUCUGGCCUCAGAAAGCGGGGCCCACCCAUUCCCAGAAGGAGCUUCAUUACCUCUUAGCCCUGAGGCUUCCUCCUUCCCCAUCUUCUGUGCUUCCAGAGAACAACUUUAUUCCCACAGUCACCCCCCCCCACCCCCAUGACCGCAUGAAGAGGCAGUUAUUGCUUUAGACUUUCAUUGCAACCACUGGGCUCCCUUUCUCCUGAGCCCAAUCUCUGGUCACAGCAUUUUUCUCUUUCCAGUCCAGUGUGCCCCAGGUGAGCUGGGGAAGGGGGUGAGCCUGGGACUCAGCUGCAGAUCUCCUGGAGCAGGGGCAUCAUGGCAGGCAAUCCCUGGAUGCGCUGGAUUUGGUACCCAUAUCCGUCGUUAAUGCUCCGAAGCUCAACUAACAGGCCUACCAGCUUCGCAUACAGAAACCUUUGGAGGAAGUAGUGUGGUCACCAGAAAAAUAGGAGGGAAAAAAGGCAGCUGGGAGUCUUGUCUUGAGGCCCUGAUCCCCACAACUGUCCCUAAGUCAAACUGGGUCUGAACAUUAGAGAAAAUCAUCCUCUGGUAUGACAAAUUUAUCAAAGAUCCCAAAGGUCCCCUAGGAGGCCCUCUGUCUGACACUAUCAUCUUUGAUCAUGCCCGUUUUUCCUGAACCCAGAGCUCUGAGGGCCAAGUGUGAAGAAAGCCCCAGACUUAGCUAGAAUUUCAACUGUAUGGAAUCUGAGGGUCUGGCUAGAGCAGAUUCUAGAAGGUGGGUGUGUUCUAUGGUAUAAAGUGUCCCCUUUCUGGCCAAACUGCCUCAUGGAGGAAGUGGUGCAUACCUCAAAGCCUGGAAAGAUCAUGGACUAUUGAACCAGGAACUGGCUUUGGCCAUGAAACUAUGAAUGACCACAACUUCAAAGGAAAUGAAAAAUUGAAGGAAUUGGUCCAAUGGAGAGGAGAGGAAGGGCCAGGGGGAAAGAAUGAACAAGACUCUUCAAAAUCUGCUUUAGUCUGGAGAGGUUGGACUAGUGAGGUGAUGGAUGUCAUCAAUCUCAGGAAUGCUAUUAUACACAGCCUGUGAGCUACUACUUUGCAUCUCUACUGAAUAAAAAAAUCUGGAAAAAGUGAGAUGAAA